GGUACUGGACGUAGAAGCAGCAGCUGCUGCUAGAUCUGCUAAGCAAGGUAGAAGGUUUAUCUGCCGCUGGGUGUGACAAUGGCUGCAUACGUUGGAUUGACACACUGAUAUGAAGACGUUGCUGAACAGUGGGACGUAUUGGUGUUGCAGAUGGAGUCUGAUGCUAUCCAUGCAGAAACCAAAUCUCAGCAAGUAAAAGGAAAGCGGCUGCACCAUCAGGACAAAUCGUUCUCCAGUGAUGGAGAUGGUGACGGACCCUUUAUCUUUGAGGCUAACGAGGCCUGGAAGGAUUUCCACAGGUCGCUCCUUAAUUUUUAUGAAGUCGAGAGUUUGUGUGAUGUGACCCUUAAGGUUGGUUCUAAGCUGAUCCCAUGCCAUAAACUCGUACUAGCAUGCGUGAUCCCGUAUUUCCGUGCCAUGUUCCUCUCAGAUAUGGCAGAAGCAAAGCAAACGCUGAUCGAGAUCCGUGAUUUUGAUGGUGAUGCCAUAGAAGACCUAGUAAGGUUCGCUUACUCGUCCAGGGUGACUUUGACUGUAGACAAUGUACAACCCCUUUUGUAUGCUGCCUGCAUCCUUCAAGUGGAAUUGGUUGCCAAGGCUUGCUGUGAAUACAUGAAGCUCCAUUUAAACCCCUCAAACUGUCUGGCUGUCAGGGCGUUUGCUGAAAGCCACAAUCGAGUUGACCUUAUGGACAUGGCUGACCUCUAUGCCUGUGACCAUUUCCCAGAUGUGGUAGAGUGUGAAGACUUUGUUAAUAUGUCACCCCAACACCUCUACAAAUUGCUCUCCUCUGGGGACCUUAAUAUUGUGAAUGAAAAGCAGGUGUACAAUGCAGCCAUUAAGUGGCUUCAAGCAAACCUACAACACCAUGAUGGAUGGCUGGAUGAAAUCAUUUCACAGGUGCGUCUGCCCUUAUUACCAAUUGACUUCCUAAUGUCAGUUGUGGCCAAAGAAAACCUGAUAAAGCACAACUUAAAAUGCAGAGACUUUCUGGAUGAAGCAAGGAACUAUCACCUUCAUAUGAACAGUCGUGCAGUGCCCGAAUUUGAGUAUACCAUUCGUACCACACCAAGGAAACAGACUGCUGGUGUUCUUUUUUGUGUGGGAGGACGUGGAGGCUCUGGAGAUCCUUUUCGCAGUAUCGAAUGUUAUUCAUUAAGCAAGAAUAGUUGGUUUUUUGGUCCUGAAAUGAACAACCGCAGACGUCAUGUGGGCGUAAUCUCUGUUGGUGGUAAGGUCUAUGCAGUUGGUGGACACGAUGGGAACGAACAUUUAGGAAGCAUGGAGGUAUUUGAUCCCAUGACUAAUAAAUGGAUGAUGAAAGCCUCAAUGAAUACAAAGAGGAGGGGAAUUGCGUUGUCUUCUAUUGGUGGCCCAAUAUAUGCAAUUGGAGGCUUGGAUGACAACACCUGCUUCAGUGAAGUUGAGAGAUAUGACAUUGAAUGUGACAACUGGAGGGCUGUUGCUCCAAUGAAUACUCCUCGUGGGGGUGUUGGGUCUAUUGCUCUUAUGAAUCAUGUGUAUGCUGUAGGAGGAAAUGAUGGUGUAGCUUCUCUCUCAAGUGUAGAGCGGUAUGACCCACAUCUGGAUAAAUGGGUUGACAUUAAGGAGAUGGGCCAUCGGAGGGCUGGCAAUGGGGUUAGUGAACUCCAUGGCUGCUUAUAUGUAGUAGGGGGUUUUGAUGACAACUCUCCCCUGAGUUCUGUAGAACGAUAUGAUCCUCGUGUGAACAAGUGGGAGUAUGUGGCAGAACUAACUACCCCUAGGGGGGGAGUUGGCAUAGCGACAUUAAUGGGCAAAAUAUAUGCAGUUGGUGGGCACAAUGGCAAUACAUAUCUCAACACCGUUGAAUCUUAUGACCCACGCAUAAACAGAUGGGAGCUGGUGGGGUUCUGUUGCCCAUUGCAGAGCUGGUGCAGGAGUUGCAGUUUGUGCUUGUCUUUGUAGCCAGAUUAGAGAUAUUGGCCAGGGAUCCAGCAACGUUGUGGACUGCAUGUAACCAAUUGGAGCAAACUAAGCACGACAGCUGGUUCUUCAGUCAAGAGCAUCAGUUUAUCUAUUGGGGGCCCUGUUAAUUACACCAGUGCAAAUGUGAUAAUAUUCUCUGGUUACAUUUGUUGUAGUUUAAUAAUUAACUCCAUGUUUCAGAACAGUGUUUAAUUGGCCGUGUUUGCACUUAGCUCCACUGUGGCGUUUGUCGUAGUGUGGAUGUGAAUCGUAAUAAUUUUUAAGCAAUACUUGGUCCCUGCUUGUGAUGCAGAUUUUGUUUAAUAUUCAUAGGGAAAAUAAACUCUAAUUUAUUUGUUGAAGUGCCAAAUGUUUUUAGCAUAAUAUACACUUUUGUGGAGAAAUAUAUUUUUGUGUCCUUCUGUACAUAUGAUGUAUCGUUUUGAAGAUUUAUAUAAUAAAAUAUUUAUUAAAAAUGG